AUGAAGACUACUACGAAUACUGAAAAAAAUUUAAUCGUUGAUAUAUGUAUUUAUCUGGUGAUGCCAUGUGUCGUGUUUAUUGGUAUAAUUGGGAAUGUUUUAUCAAUAUUAGUAUUUGCACGAAGGGAAAUGAUUAAAUUUCGUGUAUUCAUAUUCGCAAUAGUUCUUGCAGUUAGUAAUAUUUUUUUGUUAACUACAUCAGUAUUUAAUAUAAUCUUACCUGAUUUUUAUGGUGAAUUUUUGACGGAUAAAUCGGUAUUUUGGUGUCAUUUUCAUGGCUAUUUCGAUCUUCUAUUAACUGCACUAAGUAGUUAUUCAGUUCUCUGCAUAUCAGUUGAACGAUGGUUUUCUGUUUGUAUGCCAUUUAAAAACGCACGAUAUGUUAAUUUUAAAACAGUAUUAUUAACUGUCAUCAGCUAUAGGGGUGCAUCAGCUCCAGCUCAAAACUAUACAUCAGUAUCAACAUUUGUUUCCUUAUGGUUGCCAUUCACAGUAAAUUAUACUUGGGAACAACGAAAAUGUGAACUAUUACGACCAACUGUAUAUAAAGUAUGUGGAAUUAUAUCAAUUAUAGUUACUCAUAUUGUACCAUUUGUUUUUCUUGUCAUACUUGAUAUUCUUAUUGUUCACCGUUUAAAAACUAAUCAUUAUGAUACAUCUAUGCAACAUUCAGUGUUACCAAAAAAUAAUCGAACUGCUACAAAUUCAUCAACACGUAAGAGAAUAAAAAGGCAAGGAAAUGUUGAUCGAAAUAUAACAUUUAUGCUAAUUACUGUUGGUGUUACUUUUAUGGUAAUGACAUUUCCAUACCCAAUCUAUUGGCUUUAUGUGCAAAUUCGUCAAACCACUAUGUCAAAUAAAACUGUAUUCAUAUUAACACAGACAUUUCGUUAUUUGAAUUGCUGCUGCCAUUUUUUUAUUUAUUCAGCCGCGUCAUCGUUAUUUUGUCGGGAAUUACGUAAAAUGUUUCGAUGUAUAAAGCAUCGAGAUAGAAAGCUUAAUAAUGAUCAACGAACAAAACCAUUCAAUACGAUGAAUAAACGUGAUAUUUUACCGGAACAUAAAAAUCUUUUAUAA